AUGAUGGAUCUUGGACAAGAAAAAACUGUACCUGCUGGUAGUGACUUGUCUUUGAAGAAGAAGGAGCUUCUUUCUAGUGCCAUGAAGAGAACAAGUGAAUGGAUUUUCUCGCAGGAGAUUCCAAGUGAUGUCAACGUUCAAGUUGGGGAAGAUUCCUUUUCGUUACAUAAGUUUCCAUUAGUCUCCAAGUGUGGAUAUAUUAGGAAACUCGUCUCAGAAUCUAACGAUGCUGACGUUUCAUUCAUUGAACUCUCUGAUGUUCCCGGUGGAGCAGAAGCAUUUGAACUGGCAGCAAAGUUCUGCUACGGAAUAAACUUCGAAAUUAACGUUGAAAACAUUGCCACGCUACGUUGCGUGGCUGAAUAUCUUGAGAUGACAGAGGACUAUUCAGUUGGAAACUUGGUGGGAAGGACUGAUGCUUAUUUGAACGAAGUGGCACUGAAUACCAUUGCAGGGGCUGUGUCUGUUUUGCAUAUGUCAGAGAAUCUUCUUCCAGUAGCAGAGAGAGCAAAGUUGGUGAGUCGAUGCAUAGAUGCCAUUGCAUAUAUAUCCUGCAAGGAAAGCCAAUUCUGUUCAUCUGCAAGAAAUGAGAGUGGCACUGUGGGAGUGGUGUCUUCCGUGGCAUCAAACCAGAAACCAAUAGUUGAUUGGUGGGCUGAAGAUAUGACUGUGCUUAGAAUCGACAUUUUCCAAAGAGUUAUGAUCGCGAUGAUGGCAAGAGGGUUUAAACAGUAUGCCAUUGGUCCCAUUCUAAUGCUCUAUGCUCAGAAAUCUCUACGAGGUUUGGAUGUAUUUGGAAAAGCAAGGAAGAAGAUCGAGCCACGGGAAGAGCAUGAAAAGAGGGUUGUUUUAGAGACAAUAGUGAGCCUUUUGCCAAGGGAGAAGAAUGCAAUGUCAGUAAGCUUUCUUUCUAUGCUGCUUCGGGCAGCAAUAUAUCUUGAGACUACAGUUGCUUGCAGGCUUGAUUUGGAGAAGAGGAUGGCCAUGCAGUUAGGACAAGUUGUUUUAGAUGAUCUUCUCAUUCCUUCCUAUUCCUUCACUGGAGACACAUUGUUUGACGUGGAUACAGUGCAGAGGAUCAUGGCUAAUUACCUAGAAUCUCAAACGGGUAACCACUUAGUCUACAAUGCAGAUGAUGAAUACUUUUCUCCUCCACAAAGUGAUAUAGAACGGGUUGGAAAGUUAAUGGAAAACUAUCUUGCUGAAAUAGCCACCGACCGAAAUUUACCAGUCCCAAAGUUCACAUGUUUGGCAGAAUUAAUUCCUGAACAGUCCAGACCAACAGAAGAUGGGAUGUAUAGAGCCAUAGACAUCUAUCUUAAGGCUCAUCCUGCUCUAAGUGACAUGGAGAGAAAGAAAGUCUGCAGCGUGAUGGACUGUCAGAAGUUAUCUCGAGAGGCAUGUGCACAUGCUGCACAAAAUGACCGGCUACCUGUCCAAACCGUGGUUCAAGUUCUCUAUUACGAACAGCAACGGCUUCGCGAUGCCAUGAAUGGCAACGGUAGCGGGGAAUCUUCGGUUAUUUCCAAACUGAACGUGUACUCCUCUGAUCUUCAUCCAUUUUCAAAUGAGCUCUCUACUCUACGAAGAGAAAAUGAAGACCUGAAAUUAGAACUAGUGAAAUUGAAAAUGAGACUGAAAGAGAUUGAAACCACCAAACUGAAAUCUGCAGUUAACAGUCCUGCGGUAAGUGUUUCACCUUCCGCUGAUAAACCUCCCUUGCCUCGAAGAUCAUUCAUAAGUUCAGUGUCCAAAAAACUUGGACGGCUUUCUCCUUUUGUGCGUGCCGAUGGUGUUUCACCUUUUGCCAAAGGUCGCACUAAACCAAAUAAGAAUCGACGCCACUCCAUUUCCUGA